AGCGAGCGGACGUGUGAACGACCAUGGUUCCUGGUGGUGUGGGGGAUCUGGGGGUGCGUCGGGGUUCAGGGUCCGGCUGGUCUCUGUUUCCAUGGCUGGUUGCCGGAUCACAGGCGGUGGGCUUGGCCUGUGUGGUGCUGACUGGUGUGUGGAUGGGUCACUACCGCGGCGGCUACGCCUGGGACGGCUCCUCCUCCCAGUUCAACCUCCACCCACUGUGCAUGGUGCUGGGUCUGGUCUUCCUGUAUGGAGAUGCCAUUCUGGUCUUUAGAGUGUUUCACAACGAGGAGAAGAAGAAGGUAAAGGUGCUUCAUGCCAUAAUUCACCUCCUGGCCCUCAUCAUCAGCAUUGUAGGUAUAGUAGCAGUAUUUGAGUACCACAAGACAUUUAAGAUCCCAGACAUGUACUCGCUGCACAGCUGGUGUGGCAUGGCUACCCUCAUCUUCUUCUGUGUACAGUGGGUGAUGGGGCUGUUGUUCUUUCUGUUACCGGGGAUGUUGUCAUGGUUACGGGCCUGGUACCUGCCCCUGCACGUGUUUUUCGGGUUGGUUCUGUUGGUCAUGGCUGUUGGUACGGCUCUGCUGGGAAUCACCGAGAAACUCCUCUUCACUAUUAUGCCGACCUAUUCCAAGUUUGACCCGGAGGGGGUACUAGCCAACAUGCUGGGGGUUCUGCUGCUGUGUUUCGGGGUGCUGGUGGGUUACGUGGUUACCAGAGAUGAGUACAGACGUCCGCCCAACCCAGAGGAGGAGGCGCUGUCUGUCCACUUUAAGACCCUGACCGAGGGGGGGUCGCCAACCUCACCUUGACCCUCACAUGACCUCUGUCCAUCCUUUUACCAGCAGUGUCCAGCUAACUGGCUUACCACGCCACCGGUCUCUGUUCUUACCUGUUAGCAUUACAGCAGGCUACAGCUAACCAGCUAUCCUUGCUGCAAGUCUUCUUUUUUUUAUAACCGUUAGCAUUGCAAAGGCAUCAGUUCUUGUCAGCAGACAGUAAAACUUUGCAAGGCAAACUAGAACACCAAGUAGAUGUGUUGAUAUGGCCACUGAAGGCACUAGUAUAGUGCCAAGUUUAGAUGAAAAGCUGAGAUCUGUAGUUCUCAUUAUGCUAACUUUAAAAUUGGCGUCAGUUAACAAAGCACUGGUCACAUGGCUUCAACCAGUCCUCUAGUAACCUGGGUGACUAAGCCUCAGCGGCUGCGAUGACAAUGACCUUGAUGACUGUCUGAAAGGUUGUCCUGGGGUCAGGUUUCACUCCCUGCUGAUGAAAACAGAUACAGAACGUCUCACCUGUUGCACACCUGAGCUGGUUUAGACUAGGACUGCUGGACGGGAUUGGGUGACAGAGUGAGGAAUCACAGCCACACAAAGCAGCACAUCCAAUCACAAAGUAUGAUUUCGGCUUGAUAGUUAUUACUUAUGGAAUUAUUUUGCAUUAUGUCGCAUUCUAGUAAGUUGUGCUUCAUCGCUGUCUGUUUUAGCUGCAUCGUAAUGUUUUGCACUCAAUCAGGAUUUCAAGCUAAAGGUUGAACAAGCUUCCAAUGAGAAGACUUUAGUGUCAUGCUACUAUUCAAUUACAUCCCAUGAAACUGUCUCCAUCCAUCCAUCCAUUAUCCACCCGCUGAUCCUGCACUCAGGGUUGCGGGGAUGCUGGAGCCUACCACAAUCACAUCAGUUCUUUCUA